AUGUCAACUAAAAACCUCGUAAAAAUAUUCGAAAAAUCCCUUCCCAGAUACCCCAGUUCACCAGCAAAUAAAAAAACUGCAGAAGAAAUUGCUGAAAUCCUCAUAAAAUCAGGCCUUAAACCCUUCAAAACCAAUCCGUCUUUGAUCUCUGAUCUCGACUCAAACACAACCGACCUCGUUCUUUCAAACCCAAAUCUCCCUAUUCGUUCCUGUAUCCUCUUCUUCAACUUUUUAAGAACGAAUCUUUCUCUUACUCCCCAAAAACCCAAUCUUGAAACCCAUUUAUCUUUCAUUCGCAGAUUGCACAAAGCUGGAAAUUUUGAAGAAAUUAAACAAGUAUUGAAGUUUAUUCUCUCCGACGAUAAUCUUAGAUACCCAGUUGAGGAAAUUCUUUCUCUCUUUGAUUUUGAGUUUGAUAACUCAUAUUUCCUUAACAAGUUGUCCGACUUGCUUUUUAGAGUUUGUGUAGAUAACAAAAGGUUUGAAGAGGCAAAUCUGGUUUUUGAUUAUAUGAAGAAAAUGGGUUUUAAUAUUGAUGAAAGGUCUUGUAUUUUGUAUUUGGUUGCAUUGAAGAAGAGUGAUAAAGGAGAUUCAUUUUUUGUGUUUUUUAGAAGAAUGGUUAAGUCUGGCGUAGAAAUUGGUGCUUAUUCUAUGACAAUUGUGAUUGAUGGGUUAUGUAGAAGAGGGGAAGUUGAGAAAGGUAGAGAAUUGAUGAAUGAAAUGGCUAGUAAAGGGGUUAAAGCUAAUGUUGUUACUUAUAAUACAAUUUUAAACGCUUACGUUAAAAGGAAGGAUUUUGGGGUUGUUUCUGAGGUUUUGAUGUUGAUGGAGAGGGAGGAAGUGGAGUAUAAUGCUGCUACUUAUACUGUUUUGAUUGAGCAUUUUGGAAAUAUUGGCAAGCAUGACGAAGUUGAGAAGCUGUUUGAUGAAAUGCGUGAGAGAAAGGUGGAAAUGGAUGUUCAUCUUUAUACUUCGAUGAUACACUGGCACUGUAGAAGAGGGAGUAUUAAGAAAGCUGUUUCUUUGUUUGAUGAGUUGACUGAGAAAGGCCUUGUUCCGAAUGCACGUGUUUAUGGGGCCUUAAUUGACGGUCUCUGCAAGACUGGGCAGAUGGAGGCAGCUCAGCUAUUGCUAAAAGAUAUGCAAAGUCAAAAAAUUGUGGUAAAUCAGGUGAUAAUUAAUACACUCCUGCAUGGGUAUUGCAGGAAGGGGAUGAUGGAUGAUGCUUUGAGGUUAGUGGCUGUUAUGGAGAAGAAAGGCUUUAAGCCUGAUGUAUUUACUUACAACAUUAUGGCUAGCGGGAUGUGUAGAUUGAAACGAUAUGAGGAAGCGAAGAGAUGGUUGUUCAUGAUGGUAGAAAACCAAUUGACGCCUAAUGCUAUCAACUUCACUACUUUGAUUGAUAUUCACUGCAAAGAAGGAAACAUUGUUGAGGCAAAGCGGCUGUUUCGACAAUUGCAGGGAAAGGGGGAGAGUCCUAAUACUGUUACAUAUAAUGCUCUCAUCGAUGGAUAUAGCAAGAAAGGGGAAAUGAAAGACGCAUAUAAGCUAAGGGAUGAGAUGGAAGCCAAAGGAAGAAUUCCUGAUGUAUACACAUACACAUCACUUGUGCAUGGUGAAUGUAGUUUUGGGAAUAUAGAUGAAGCAAUGAAACUAUUUAAUGAAAUGCGUCAAAAGGGUCUAGUUCCAAAUGUAGUCACCUAUACGGCUAUAAUUUCUGGGUUGUCUAAGAAAGGGAGAUCAGAUGAAGCUUUUAGACUUUACAAGGAAAUGAUCGGUUUGGGCCAUGUGCCUGAUCAAAGAGUUUAUAGCUCACUUGUCGGUAGCCUUCAUACAACCUAGGGCCAAUAGUUGGAUGGUCCUUUACCUUGCUUUCCCUUUUUUGUGGUAUUUAGUUUAGACUUCGUGAUAUGCAGCUAGAUGCUAACAAAACCUCAACCUAUCUUCAGGAUGAUGCAAAUAUCAUCACUUUAUGCUAUAGGACUUUAACCAAAGAACAUCACUUUAUGCUAUAGAACUUUAACCAAAGAACAUUCUUGUUGGUGAAAUGCCUGUGAAAGAAAACGUGGCUGAACUUGGGCUCCUUCAAAACAAUGCAAUGUCUGAUUUUGAUGUUAAAUGCUUGUUCAGAGGGUGGCUUGUGUUGUGAGUGUUCGUUUUUGCUGCAGGCUUCAUUGAGAUGUUUGUUUAUUGCAUCAAUCUACGGUUGGUACUGCAUCUGGGAAGGUUAGACAUGUUGACGGUGGGCAAUCGAAUUAUAUGGAUUCUAAAUCCAUGCAGGCAUGUUUCUAUCUGUGAAAUCUGCUCCAGAAGAGUAUUUGCAUACUGAAAGAAGUUAGUUCAGAGGACGUGGAGGAUCCGAGGGAAACAGGAACUACAAAUUUUAUUAUGGAUCUCUCAAGGUCGUAAUAUGCCUACCCCUAAACAUGAUUCACCCUCUUAUUGGUUACUAAUUAUGGUGUAGACGGUUCAAUAGUCAAAACUGUUGAUGAAUUUAUUCCUAUUUGUGGUUGCACCUUUUAUAGCCUCUUCAAUUCAACCCUCUCAUUACAGCCAGUGAAGCUUAAGAUUCUUAUAUCCGAUCCAGGGUUGAAGAUCCUGCUAUCUUCCUCAAAAACUGCAGUGGAGGCCUUGUUUAUGAUAUGUUUGUACUGCCACCUGUUAUGAUGGCCAAGCUCUGCUGACUGCAGAUCCAUUAUAGAAGAAGCUGCUAAGCUUGUUGAGGCUGGUAUGCAGACUUUGGUGAAUAGGUUCUAUAUAUCAGUUUCAGCCUUCAGGAAAUGUUUAAGCUUUCAAAAGGCAUGCUUAUGAACUUGCUAUAAUUUGCUUUGUUGCUAAAAAUGACAUUGUUAAACUCUCUCCAUAGGUCUUUUGAAAAAUUGCCCUGGAAAUUUUAGUGUACAUACAUGCAUUUCAACCAAAAGUCCUUUUCUAUGCUUCCAGCCACUUACAUGUUCUCAGGUCAGUCUUCAGAAUGGCUAAUGUUCAAUUGAAGGAAAGCUUUACUCCAGGACUA